AUGCUCCGCUGCCUGGGAUCUAAGGUUUCAGCAGUGGGUAUCUGCUGCAAAGAAGAAGAUGAAGAUGAAGAAUUAUUUGUUACCAGCGAUCGAGAUCAGCGAUCGAGAUCUGCGAUCGAGGGUUUCAGCGAUAGGCACUCCAACUCUACUCCUAAAGGGCGACAAGAAACGAUGGGCACUCCAGCUUUGCUUAUUUUGUUACGAAUUCACUUAACCCAUAAAUAUGCAAGUGAGUCUCCCAUUUGCUUCUUCCUUUCUCUUUUCUUUAGGGUUUUUGCUGCUCAGAUUUUCUGUUGCACCAUAACGGUCUGA